CUAACUAGUUUUUUUCUUUGCCUUUCACAGAAUCUUCAAUCUAAAUUUUGAGGAUGUCAGCUCCGGUCCAAAACAUGUCUGAUCUAUUCGUCUGGUCUGAAACACGCGUUUUCUGGGACGUGGGUGAUUUCCCAGCGCCUCCUGGUACCUGUAUCAAAUUGUUUCGUGAAAUUGUCGAAAGAGCUCUUUUGAUUGAAGGUUAUCGUUGUUAUGACUUUUCAAUCAAGGGUUAUGAUGCUGGCAAGCUCCCAUUCAGAUUGCUUGGUCACUAUGUCAUGGCCGGAGUCUCGUUCGACCUUAGAGCCGAAGAAAAAUGUACGAGACUUAAUUGCAUGUUAGGAGACAUGAUUAACUGGGCAUUCGAGUCUAUGAAUCCUCCGAGAGCAGUUCCUCGACAAAUAAAUUUGCUGGUAAUUGCAAAAGACAUCCCAGGAGGAGACACGGAGUUCGUCCGAGUAUGCCACGAUUUGCAAGAAACAGGCUUCAAUGUUUUCUUAAUUGUGCCUGAUGACUGCCCACGAAAAGAAGUGCCACCUCCUACUACUGCCAAGUUGGUAUGGCGUUGGACAAGCCUAUUUCAUGGAGGUCUCCCUGUCGAUGCUGAGGACAAGUACCUACUGAAGCCAGCUUCCUUUCAUUAGUAUGUUUUUCUGUCAAAAGACUUUGGUUCUCUGUUUGUGUAUGAUUAACAUUAACUGGCUCUUUAUUCUCUUCAACCGUUACUACUAAUGCCAGCUUCCUUUAGAAUGGUAUUACGUUUUCUGCGUCAAAAGACUUUGCUUCUCUGUUUGUGUAUGACUUGCAUUGGUUCUUUGUUCUCUUAAAUGUCAUCUGUUUUAAGCU